AUGUCUAAAGGAAAAGUUUGUUUGGCUUACUCUGGUGGUUUAGAUACUUCCGUCAUUUUAGCUUGGCUAUUAGAGCAAGGUUAUGAAGUUAUUGCCUUCAUGGCCAAUGUUGGACAAGAAGAAGAUUUUGAAGCUGCAAAGGAAAAGGCUUUGAAAAUUGGUGCUACCAAGUUUGUCUGUGUCGAUUGUAGAGAACAAUUCGUCGAAGAUAUCUUAUUCCCAGCUGUUCAAGUAAAUGCUGUCUAUGAAGAUGUUUAUUUAUUAGGUACUUCUUUAGCAAGACCAGUAAUUGCUAAGGCUCAAAUUGAUGUUGCUGAGCAAGAAGGUUGUUUUGCUGUUUCUCACGGCUGUACAGGUAAAGGUAAUGAUCAAAUCAGAUUUGAAUUAUCUUUCUAUGCUUUAAAACCAGAUGUCACAGUUAUCACUCCUUGGAGAUUACCUGAAUUCUUUGAAAGAUUUGCUGGUAGAAAGGAUUUGUUAGACUAUGCAGCUGAAAAAGGCAUCCCAGUUGCCCAAACCAAGGCCAAGCCUUGGUCCACUGAUGAAAACCAAGCUCAUAUCUCUUAUGAAGCUGGUAUUUUAGAAGAUCCAAAUGUCACUCCUCCAAAUGAUAUGUGGAAAUUAAUUACUGAUCCAAUGGAUGCUCCAGACACUCCUCAAGACUUGUCUAUCGAAUUUGUUAAAGGUUUACCAGUUAAGGUCACUUACAAAGAUUCUGCUUCUGGUCAGGAAAAAUCUGUCACCUCUCCUUUGGAUAUCUUCUUAACCGUAUCCAAUCUAGCCAGAGCUAAUGGUGUGGGUAGAAUCGAUAUUGUUGAAAACAGAUACAUUAACUUGAAAUCUAGAGGUUGUUAUGAACAAGCCCCAUUGACUGUCUUGAGAAAAGCUCAUGUCGAUUUGGAAGGUUUAACCUUAGAUAAAGAAGUUCGUCAAUUGAGAGAUCAAUUUGUUACACCAAGCUACUCCAAGUUAUUAUACAACGGUUCUUACUUUUCCCCAGAAUGUGAAUACGUUAGAACUAUGAUAAAGCCUUCACAAGAAACUGUCAAUGGUACUGUCAGAUUAUGUCUAUAUAAAGGAAAUGUAAUUGUAUUAGGAAGAUAUUCUGAAACUGAAAACCUAUACGACGCUACCGAAUCAUCCAUGGAUGAAUUAGCUGGUUUCUUGCCAACUGACGCCACAGGCUUCAUUGCUAUUCAAUCUAUUAGAAUCAAGAAGUAUGGUCAAGCGAAGAAAGAAAAGGGCCAACCGUUAACUUUAUAA